GCAGCACUUAAAUUCCCCCCAACCCAGCGCCCUUUCUUCAGUUACCGCUGCCCUGUUUCUCUCUCUCCGAUAACUUCCACUUAGUUUUAGAGAGAGAAAGUUGCUAAUAGUGAAGAAGAAGAAGGAUGAGGGAGAUCAUAAGCAUACACAUUGGACAGGCCGGGAUUCAGGUGGGGAAUGCAUGCUGGGAACUCUAUUGCCUCGAACAUGGCAUUCAUCCUGAUGGCAUGAUGCCUAGUGACAAGUCAGUCGGUAUCGCAAACGAUUCCUUCAAUACCUUCUUCAGUGAGACCAGUGCUGGGAAGCAUGUGCCUAGAGCUAUAUAUGUUGAUCUGGAGCCCACAGUUGUCGACGAAGUUAGGACUGGCACCUACAGACAGCUCUUUCAUCCUGAACAACUGAUUUCUGGCAAAGAGGAUGCUGCCAAUAACUUCGCUAGAGGGCAUUAUACAGUUGGGAGAGAUAUCAUUGAUCUUUGCCUCGAUCGAGUGAGAAAGCUGGCAGACAACUGCACUGGCUUGCAAGGCUUUUUGAUCUUUAAUGCUGUUGGUGGUGGCACUGGCUCCGGUUUGGGUUCCUUGCUUCUAGAGCGCUUGUCUGUUGACUAUGGAAAAAAAUCAAAACUUGGCUUCACUAUCUUUCCUUCACCUCAGGUUUCAACUGCUGUUGUUGAGCCUUACAACAGCGUGUUGUCUACACAUUCCCUCCUAGAACACACAGAUGUUGUAGUGCUUUUGGAUAAUGAAGCAAUAUAUGAUAUUUGCAGGAGAUCACUAGACAUUGAAAGACCAACUUACACUAACUUGAACCGCUUGAUCUCUCAAACUAUUUCAUCUUUGACCACCUCAUUGAGGUUUGAUGGAGCCAUUAAUGUGGAUGUUACUGAGUUCCAAACCAACCUUGUACCAUAUCCACGUAUUCACUUUAUGCUUUCAUCCUACGCACCGGUUAUCUCUUCAGCCAAAGCUUAUCAUGAGCAGCUUUCUGUGCCUGAAAUCACAAAUUCUGUGUUUGAACCCUCAAGUAUGAUGGCCAAGUGUGACCCAAGGCAUGGGAAGUAUAUGGCAUGCUGCCUGAUGUAUCGGGGGGAUGUGGUGCCCAAGGAUGUGAAUGCCGCCGUUGCAACCAUCAAGACCAAACGGACUGUUCAGUUUGUUGACUGGUGUCCUACGGGUUUCAAGUGUGGCAUCAAUUACCAGCCUCCCACUGUGGUGCCGGGUGGUGAUCUUGCCAAGGUGCAGCGUGCAGUCUGUAUGAUAAGCAACAAUACGGCUGUUGCUGAGGUCUUCUCGCGAAUUGACCACAAAUUUGACCUUAUGUAUUCCAAGCGAGCGUUUGUCCACUGGUAUGUAGGUGAAGGUAUGGAGGAAGGCGAGUUUUCUGAGGCUCGUGAGGAUCUCGCUGCUCUUGAAAAGGACUAUGAAGAAGUUGGAGCAGAAGGAGUUGAUGAGGAAGAGGAAGGGGAAGACUUCGAGUAGCAUUGCUUAAAAGUUUGAUCAAUUGGCCCAACCUACCCAGUCUCGUGUUGUGCCCUUUUGUGCUUAUUCACAAAAUAUAAUCAAUUAUUUGUAGUAAUUGAAAUGCUACUUAUGUUCGUUGUGGGUUGUUUUGGCAAUUAGAUGUCCAAAAUACGCCAGUGUUGUUUAUAUAUUAGAAAUUAUCAAACUCCAUUUUGUUACUGAACCACUUCUAUUGUCAGCAUGAAAUUGACCAUGGUUAUUCAUUUAGCUC